UGAGAAGAAAGCCAGCGGGAGCUGUUACGGCACCGGAUCAAGAUUGGGAUUCAAUUGAUAGUGUGGGGUUGUUUGGGUUCACUUCGUUGAAUCAAUCGCCUUUCUCUGACUUGUCACUCCUCGACCAUGAUGAUACCACGAACUUUCCCUGCCCGAUCCAUUCCUUCAAAUAGAGGUGUGUCCUCCAGAAUGGGUAUUGUUAGCAGAAAGACUCAUACUAUUUCUCGCUUGGCGAAGCAGCCAGGAAAGAGUUCUUCAAUUUUGGCAUUUUCUACGCACGCGCACCGAUCAUUUGGCUGCCACCAUCAACACCCACAUUGCUGUCUCCCUCAACGAGCAAUAUGGACGCGUUAUCGUGCAUUGUCUUCCUCUUCUAAUGCUGGGGGAGAUGAUGCCAAGAAUAAGCAGGCUGAAAAUACCAGCGACGACGACGACAAGGUUUCUGAUGAAUUUCAAAUUCCAGGCGCUCAAGCCGGGGGCAAAAAGUUGGCCAUUGUCUAUACCUGCAACGUCUGCGAGACACGAUCUAUCAAGCAAUUCUCUGAACAUUCCUAUCAAAAUGGUGUUGUUCUGGUCCGAUGUCCUGGUUGUCAAAAUUUGCAUCUUAUUGCCGAUCGACUGGGCAUUUUUGAAGGCGAGAGCUAUGAUAUUGAAAAAGCUAUGGCCAAGUUGGGUGAAAAUGUCAACGUUAUCAACGACGAGAACGUAUUGGAGAUGAGUGUGGAGGAUUUGGUAGGAAAAGACAUGUUGGAAAAAUUAGCGAGCAACCAAACAGAGGAAGGAGAGUUGGCAACUGACAAGAGUGGAGGAGAAGACGAAGACAAGAAGAAGUAGUUGAUUGCAAUGCAUAUUUAGGAGACGAAUGAUGCCAUAUCAAGUUGAGAAUAUCAGUACUGGGUACUAGUACUUUGGAAUUGCUUUGGUUGAUCCCUGAUCUCCCAUCGGCUGAACCGUUUCAGGAAUUUUGUACCUAGAUAGAUAGAUAGGUGGAAAUAGGUAAUAAAGAUUGCCCAUUUUCGAGGU